CUCUCACACGCGCUCUCUCUCUCUCUCUCUCUCUCUCUCUCUCUCUCUCUCUCUCACUCACUGCGAGCUGCUGAAUUCUCUGCACUUUCCGAGCUGCUGCAAUGGCAACUGAAAUUUUUACUAAGCAGAAAACCAUCGAUCUGAGAAAGAAACACAUUGGUCCCUCCUGCAAGGUUUUCUUCAGCCAUGACCCUAUCAAGAUCGUCCGAGCCAGGGGUCAGUACAUGUACAAUGAAAAAGGCGAGCAGUACCUGGACUGCAUCAACAAUGUCGCCCAUGUGGGUCACAGCCACCCAGAAGUCGUCCAUGCUGGAGCGAAGCAGAUGGAGCUCUUGAACACUAACUCCCGCUUCCUCCAUGACAACCUCGUCCAAUACGCACAACGUCUCCAAGCCACGCUGCCUGAACAGCUCUCAGUCUGCUACUUUACCAACUCAGGCUCUGAGGCCAAUGACCUGGCCUUAAGAUUGGCUUGGCAGUACACUGGCCACAAAGACAUCAUCACAUUGGACAAUGCUUAUCAUGGUCAUGUGUCAUCACUUAUUGAUAUCAGUCCCUACAAGUUUCACCAGCUGGGACAGUGUGAGCAAAGCCAACAUGUACAUGUGGCUCCAAGUCCAGACACAUAUAGAGGGAAAUACAGGGAAGACCACGCAGACCCUGCUACUGCUUAUGCAGAUGAAGUUAAAGACAUCAUUGAAAAAGCUCAUGCAAAAGGACACAAGAUUGCUGCUUUCAUUGCUGAAUCACUGCAGAGUUGUGGAGGACAGGUCAUUCCUCCAGUGGGCUACUUCCAGAAAGUGGCACAACACGUCAGAAAUGCUGGGGGCGUCUUCAUUGCUGAUGAGGUUCAAGUCGGCUUUGGAAGGGUAGGCUCCCAUUUCUGGGCUUUCCAGCUGCAAGGGGAAGACUUUAUACCUGACAUUGUCACUAUGGGCAAACCGAUUGGGAAUGGACAUCCAAUGUCCUGUGUAGUGACCACCAGAGCGGUAGCUGAAGGCUUCAUGUCAUCUGGAAUGGAGUACUUUAACACAUUUGGUGGUAAUCCUGUAUCCUGUGCUAUUGGGCUAGCUGUACUGGAUGUGAUUGAGAAAGAGGAUCUCCAAGGCAAUGCCCUGCGAGUAGGGAAAUACCUGACGGACUUACUGGAGAAACUGAAAGAGAGACAUCCCUUAGUGGGAGACGUCAGAGGUUGUGGCCUUUUUGUUGGGGUGGAGCUGGUGAAAGAUCGGCUUAAAAGAACCCCUGCAACAGCUGAAGCUCAGGAUGUCAUAUACAGACUGAAGGAUCAGCGGGUUUUAUUAAGUGCAGAUGGACCACACCGUAACGUCCUGAAGUUUAAACCACCCCUGUGCUUCUCCAGAGAGGAUGCUGACUUGGCAGUUGGAAAAAUUGAGCAGAUUCUAACAGACCUUGAGAAUGUUUUGGGCCUCCAUAUAUCUGACAACACAGACACGGUAAAUGCACAAAGCAAGCGCAAGGAGUCAGGCGAGGAAAAUGGCCAUGAUAUUCAUUCAGGUGGCAUCAGUGGCAAACAUCACAUAAUUAAGACUAACAAAAGACGAAGAACAUAACAAACCUUGUUCUUCUUUUAACAUUAUAUUAUAUAUCUGUCCAAAGUCCAGCCUCAGGGCCAAAUGCAUCCUGUGGCUUCUCUCUUAAAAUGUACGAUAGGUGGCCUGCUAGCCAACACAUAGUGGCCAACAAAUUUUUAUUGAGUGUUAACACAGUAAGCUAAAUUGCAAGAGCCUUUUUUUUCUCUGACUACACUUACAAAUUAAUUUACUGAAUGAUAUUUAGUCAUGGGUACACACAAAAAGUGCAAAGUUAACAAUGAGAAGGAGCGAUUUCAAAAGAGCUGGAAACGAGAAUACUUUUUCACAGAGAGCCAUAGCAAAUGUGUGUACCUCAUAUGUCUGAGACUGUUGCAGUAAUUAAGGAAUUUAAUAUGAUGAGAGAUUAUUAAACAAAUCAUGAGCAAUGCAAAAAAUAUUCAGAGGAUGGGAGGGCAGAGAAACUGAAGCAGCUGAAAGCUAUCCUGGCAGACGCAACAUCUUGUCAGAGCAAAUAGGGCACAGAACAUUACUAGAGAUAAUGAAUAGCAAUGCUUCCAACCACUAAGCAUGGAAAACCUGUCAUGAAUUCUUGAGAGAGUCCUUAACUCAAGCAGUCAGUGUCAUUUGUCCUAAUAAGAAGCAUGAAUUUAUGAAUAUUAUCUUGCGUGUCACAACUACAGCUGUCAGGUUAUAUCAUACUGCAGUUAUUCCACUAAAAUUAAAUUCACUAUAUUGGAGCUUUAAAAUAAUAUUUUAGUGACCAGCCCUCAGAUAUUUUGAUGUGGGGAGUCUAAUCUGGCCCCUUAUAUAUUAGUUAUACAUUAACAUUAUAUAUGAAACUUAUGGAUCAAGAUCAAUCUUUUGAUAAUUAUUUCCAUAUUUUAAUGGAUUUAUAACGUGCCUCAUGAUCUAAAAGUAAAGGGGGUGUUAUUUUGUAUAUAAUUGCUCACAAUUUUUCUUUUUGUCAGGGAGUGUAAGUGGUGCUAACUAUUUAUAAUAUUUAAUGAUGCCAUAUUAAAACGUAACAUCAGGGGGAAAUGAGAUUCCAAACCAUGUUGAACUUAGAGGGUUUUCAAUCAUGUACAGUAUUCUAAGUGCAAGAGUAUCUUUAACCACAUUUUCUAAAAAUAAAAUUCAUACAUAAUGUGUCAUGUAAA